AUGCCCUCAUCAUCAGCACGACAGCGCAACAAACGCGCGUUGGAAUCCACCGGAGGUGUCUCGCGUCCUCCAUCCAGCAAAAAGGGCAAGCCACGCGCAGCCGGUGGAGGGGACUCGUCCAAGCUUCAAUCGCUUCUGUUCGUCCUUCUAGCAACGACGGUGCUGCUCGUAGGCUACCAAGUCGCACGCUUCUACUACCGUGGACAGGCGACUCUCUCCCCGCUCUCAACAUGGACAAAGGCUAAAUACGGGGCCCACGACCGAUCCAGCAACGCAGUAGGCGCACCCGUGGCAGGAGAUGCACGGACAAAGUUCAACAAGCUUGCUCCGGAGGGCGCCGUACCCGGAGCACCCGCUCUUGUACCGGGACAAGAAUCCACCGAUUCGCUCGAAGAGCUCCGCAAGAAGCUCGGAACCGAGGGAGAACUCGACGCGCAGUUCGACGACGACGGCAACCUAGACCUCGCCACGAUCCAGCGCAUGCUCGACAUCCUGUACAAGCCUGCUAGAGAGGGUGCCAAGGGCGCAGCCCAUGCUGCAGGACGCGUGCUCGAAGCUGUGUUGGAGGACGACGUCGCUGUAGACGCUGCGGAUGCGGCCGAGGUGGCCGACGAAGCUACGCCCUGA